CAUACUGAUAAUCAGCCCGGCUUGUGCAGGGGCCCUGGCUCGGCCAGCCUUUUCAUCAUCUGCCCCUCUCUCCUGCUACAAGCAAUCCGCUCCUGCAUUGCUGAAGCUGCACUUUGAUGCAAGUGGCGACUCUCCAGCUGCAAUCAAAGAUAUACACAUUCUGGAGGUUCGCUUGCAAGGCGUGAGGAGGACCUGAAGGUUCCAGUGGAGGUCAAUGGCAGGGGACAGGAGUCGGGACGAGAAUGGAGAGGUUGAGCUGGGGCUGAGGGACGACCAGGGUCUACUUGACCCAGAACCGGAGGACUUGGUAGAGCUGCAGUCAGCUCUUAAGCAAGCGUACAGGAAAGAUAUUGAGAGAAAGAGGUCUAUGCUCCUCUUGAUUCUCCUCAUCCCAGUCAUGCUCAUAAUCUUGUUGUGGCACCUUUUUGACUCCAAUUCGAAGAUAGGACCGGGAGGGCAUAGCAGCCAAGGAGCGAGCAACGGAACCAUGACUCUAGACCAGUACCGGAAUCAAGUUCAUCAGGGCUACGAUGAUCCAUGCGAGACCGCAGCCCCUUAACACGGCAUCAGGUUAAUGUGUGGUUACAUCAGAGGUGGUGAUCGCCUUAGAUGGACGACUCCCUAGGUUGAUCGAGCCUGCUUUGUUGGACAAUCAAGGCCCGUCUUAGUAGAGAGAGAAUGUGGCAAUCUUAGUGGCCCAGCAGCUCUCACGGGACUGAGGCUGUUCUACCUUGUUUGAAACCGGAAACGCCAACUGUGCUAUUGCAGCGGCACACAGUUGCUCGAGUUGGAUAGCUAAGAUCAUAUGAUACCUGAAAUAGAGCCUUCAAGGGAAGCAGUGGUAGGAGGCAUUGACAUCUUCCGGGGCUUCUUGGAAGAACUAAUAGGAGACUCUGGAGAUGGACAUUUGCAGUCCAGUCGCCAAGAUCCGACGACUGACUUUGACAAGUGUUCGAUCAUGCAUCCAUCCUUGUUAUACGGUUGUCAGGAAGACUUGAGUUGAAACAUUGGUCCGCGAGCGCGUCGUUCGUUCCGAAAAGUGGCUCUGGCCGCAUGUUUCUCAGCCA